AUGGCUGCCUCUGCUAGCCCCAACCGCGGCAUUACGGUGUUCUCUGGCGGCAGCGCUGCAAAUAAUCUAGUUGAUGUUUUCAGCGCCCUCAGAGAAUCCAAAAAUUGUCCGUUAAGCUAUAUCAUUCCAAUUAGUGAUAACGGCGGCUCCUCGUCCGAGCUUAUAAGAUUCUUUGGUGGCCCAGGUAUUGGCGAUGUUAGAAGCCGGUUGGUACGUUUGAUUCCGGAUUCCCCGACUGAUCCGGAGCGGGCCGGUAUCAAAGCGCUUUUCAAUCAUCGGCUGUCUUCGAAUGCUAGCAAUGCUCAUGACGAGUGGUAUUCAAUUGUUGAGGGAAAUUCGUCACUGUGGCAAGCUAUCACUCCUGCAAAGAAAGAAUUAAUUCGGUCAUUUCUAAACUUGCUUAACCUUGAGAUCUUAAAGCGGGCGAGACCACCUGCGUCGACAUUCGACUUCACGUCAGCCAGUGUCGGUAACCUGUUCUUGACCGCAGCUAGAGUGUUUAGUGGGAGCUUUGAGAGUGCCAUUUACCUUCUUGCCAGUAUAUGUUCUGUUCCUAUCGACAGUGUCCGAGUUAUUCCUGCCAUUAACUCCAACUUCUCUCAUCACAUAUCUGCCUCGCUGGAGGAUGGAACUGUGAUAGUUGGCCAAAAUAGUAUCUCUCAUCCGAGUGAAGCUUCCUCUGUCCAAUCAACACCCUCUUCCAGACGUCCAAGCUUGAUGUUAGCCGAUGGAGAUGACCCCCAUCUCGAACCAGACGACCCGCUAUAUGAAGAAAGCCAUUUACCGGGGUCCCUUCCAACACUAAGGAACAAGAAUAUUCAGUUUAGCAAGUCGACUGUUGAUGAGCUCCCCAGCCGAAUAUCCCGUGUUUGGUAUAUCAAUCCUUACGGCCAAGAAAUCAGACCACCGGCGAAUCCUCGCGUUCUAGAGGCGCUGCGCUCAUCUCAGGCGAUAAUUUAUAGCAUCGGAUCCCUAUAUACAUCUCUCAUACCUUCGAUAGUUCUCAGAGGAGUAGGUCGAUCGAUAGCAUCAGGUCCUGCACGAUAUAAGAUCCUGAUUCUCAAUGGGUCCUUGGACCGCGAAACUGGCCCAUCAUCUCGGUCAUUAUCAGCUUCUGAAUUUGUUGAAGCUAUUGUACGCGCAGCAGAAGAAAGCUCUCUACAUAAACGCCAGAGCUCAGUGCUGAAAAGUUGUUGCACCUCCAAGUCCAACGCACCUCAAAUUUCUGUUCCUAACGAGCCUUAUACAUCUUAUGUGACGCACAUUCUGCAUCUUGACGGACCCGGCACACCACAUGUGGAUCGAGAACGCCUUAGUGAGAUGGGUAUUGAGUGCUUACGGUUGUAUGGACGCAAGGUGGUGAACGAUGAGGGGUCUGUAGUAGGAAUGAAAUAUGACCCUGUUGGGCUUGUGCAGGCCUUGGAGAUUGUAUUGGGCAAGAAAGGGGACGCAAUGGUACGGGUUGGGCUAAGUGGUGAAAGAAGUAGGAGGAAUACUAUGGAGGCGAUAGGAAGAAAGUAA